CUCCUCUAGCUAUCUCAUCCUCCAUUUUUAGACCUUGCUCUGCACUGUCUUAAAGCAAUAAUUUGCCCUGUCCUACUCUACCCGCCCUAUUGGGGUGUGUCCUGCUCCCCAACUAGCAGCUGGCUAUUACUUUUUCUUGAUUGAUGGAACUCGAUUUUCUCUCUGUACAUAUGCGUAAUCCACCGUUUCUUCGAGGCAUUUUUUCAAAUUUUUAUCAGGUGCCUAGAACUCGUUUGAUAAUAUGUCCCAAUGAACCUCAACUUGGUAAAGUUCCAUUCUUUACAUCUAUUCACUUUAACUGUUUCUCAUGUGCUGCUGUAGUACAAGUAGUGGAAAGCCCAACAGUUGAAAAAAAACCAAUCUUUCAAGAUUCUGAUGGGUGUAGGAGGUUGAGUACUAAAGAGUUGAAAUAUGGUGCUAAGAAGAGGUUGGUUGAAAAGGGUGAUGGUGGGUUUUUGAUUAAGGAGAAGAAAAGGGGGAUUAAAUGGUAUUCUGAAAUGCUUAAAGAUUAUGCUGCUAAGUUAUGUUUGAAGGAAGGUAAAGCUUUACAUGGUGAAAUGAUAAGGAGUGGGGUAGAACCAGAUUCACAUUUAUGGGUUUCUUUGAUUAAUUUCUAUUCGAAAUGUGGGGAUUUAGUUUUUGCGGAAAAUGUGUUUGAUUUAAUUCCUAGCAGAGAUGUUGUGUCGUGGACAGCGUUGAUAGCAGGGUUUAUAGCUCAAGGGUAUGGAAGUAAAGGGAUUUGUUUAUUUUGUGAUAUGAGGGGUGAAGAUAUUAGGCCUAAUGAGUUCACUUUGGCAACAGUUUUAAAGGGUUGUUCAAUGUGUUUAGAUUUGGAGUUUGGGAAACAACUACAUGCUGUGGUUGUUAAAGGUGCAGUCUUUUCAGAUGUUUAUGUUGGCUCUGCUCUUGUUGAUUUGUAUGCUAAAUGCUGUGAAUUAGAAUCUGCUGUUAAAGUUUUCUUUUCCAUGCCGGAGCAGAAUUCAGUAUCGUGGAAUGUUUUACUUAAUGGCUAUGUGCAGGCUGGUCAAGGAGAGGAGGCUCUGAAAUUGUUUAUGAAGAUGUCAGAUUCAGAGAUGAGGUUUAGUAAUUAUACCCUAUCUACUAUUUUAAAAGGUUGUGCAAAUUCAGUUAAUCUGAAAGCUGGUCAAGUUAUCCACUCAAUGUUGGUCAAAAUUGGGCCUGAAAUCGAUGAUUUUACAAGCUGUAGUCUUCUAGAUAUGUAUAACAAAUGUGGACUUCAAGAUGAUGCCCUGAAAGUGUUUUUAAGGACUAAAAAUCAUGACAUUGUGGCAUGGACUGCAAUGAUCAGCGGACUCGAUCAGCAAGGACAGAAGAGAGAAGCUAUUCAACUUUUUUGCUUGAUGAUGCAUUCAGGUUUAAGGCCUAAUCAAUUUACACUAGCUAGUGUUGUUAGUGCAGCGGCUGAUUCGGUGGAUUUAAGGUGUUGCAAAAGUAUCCAUGCUUGUGUUUACAAAUUUGGUUUUGACUCAGAAGAGUGUGUCAGUAAUGCAUUGAUUGCAAUGUACAUGAAAUUUGGGUCAGUUUUGGAUGGGUAUCGUAUAUUUUCUUCUUUGAGUAAUAGGGAUAUAAUUUCGUGGAACUCCCUUUUGUCUGGAUUCCAUGAUAAUGAAACUUCUUAUGAAGGGCCUAAAAUCUUCAGGCAGUUGCUUGUUGAAGGUUUGAGGCCAAAUAUUUACACGCUCAUCAGCAAUUUGAGAUCUUGUGCAAGCCUCUUAGAUGCCAGUCUGGGGAAACAAGUGCAUGCCCAUGUAGUUAAAGCUGACCUUGGUGGCAAUAUAUAUGUAGGAACUGCUCUGGUUGAUAUGUAUGCCAAGUGUGGGCAGUUGGAUGAUGCAGAAUUGAUCUUUUAUAGAUUGAGUGAAAAAGACGUCUUCACUUGGACAGUGGUCAUUUCAGGUUAUGCACAGUCUGAUCAAGGAGAAAAGGCUUUCCGAUGCUUCAAUCAGAUGCAAAGGGAAGCUAUUAAACCCAAUGAGUUCACUCUUGCUAGCUGUCUAAAAGGUUGUUCACGUAUAGCCAGCCUAGACAAUGGGCAGCAGUUGCAUUCCGUGGUAAUGAAGUCUGGGCAGUUCAGUGAUAUGUAUGUAGCUAGUGCGUUGAUUGACAUGUAUGCAAAAUCUGGAUGUAUCAAAGAUGCCGAGUCUCUAUUUCAGAGCAUGGAAUCUAGUGAUACAGUGUUGUGGAACACAAUUAUAUAUGCCUACUCCCAACAUGGACUAGAUGAAAAAGCAUUGAAAACAUUCAGAACCAUGUUAAGUGAAGGUAUUCCGCCUGAUGGGAUUACCUUUAUCGCUGUCCUCUCUGCAUGCAGCCAUCUGGGCCUGGUCAAAGAAGGACGAGAGCAUUUUGACUCAAUAAAAAAUGUCUUUGGUAUCACUCCUUCAAUAGAACAUUAUGCUUGUAUGGUUGAUAUCCUUGGCCGUGCAGGCAAAUUUACUGAAAUGGAACACUUCAUUGAGGGUAUGGAGCUUGCUCCUGAUGCCUUGAUAUGGGAGACUGUUCUUGGAGUCUGCAAGGCUCAUGGAAAUGUGGAAUUAGCUGAGAAAGCUGCAAACACACUUUUCGAAAUUGAUCCAAAAGCAGAGUCAAGUUAUAUAUUGUUGUCCAAUAUAUAUGCAUCAAAAGGUAGGUGGGCUGAUGUUUCGACGGUUAGAGCACUAAUGUCCAGGCAGGGUGUCAAAAAGGAACCUGGUUGUAGCUGGAUUGAGAUUGAUAAUCAAGUUCAUGUCUUCUUAUCUCAGGAUGCUUCACAUCCUAGGUUAAAGGAUAUCCAUAAAAAGUUGGAGGAGCUGGCUCCGAGAAUUACUGCCGCAGGAUAUAUUCCAAACACAAACUAUGUGCUUCAUAAUGUCUCUGACAAAGAAAAGAUAGACAACCUUUCACAUCAUAGUGAAAGGCUAGCUCUAGCAUUUGCUCUCAUGAGCAGCAGUAGGAAUAGCACUAUCAGGAUCUUUAAAAAUCUUUGCAUCUGUGGAGAUUGCCAUGAAUUUAUGAAGCUGGCGUCAAUUGUUACAAACCGAGAAAUAGUUAUUCGUGAUAUUAAUCGCUUCCACCAUUUCUCUCAUGGAACGUGCUCAUGUAAGGACUAUUGGUGAGAUUAUUGACUGGCUGACCUAGUUAGGCAAGACUAUUCAUGUUCCGCAGCUGCAACAAAUCAAUAGUGCUCAACUGAAGUUCUAAAUGCAAGUCAUGAUAUGUCAAUAGGAAUAUUUUAUUGAGGCGACAACUAAUGAGUCUAGUCUGAAAGAUCCGCUGACUUGACUUUUGCAGUUAUUCACCAAGCUACAGUGAAGACUAACAGCUGGAUUGAAAAGUUACCUGAAGGAAGGUUAAUCGAUUUCUGAGCACUGAAACUAGGUGUGUCAAAGCUCCGAUAAACUUGCUGCAGAAGGUGAAGAAACUGCUCAAGUAAAUCAUAGGCUUACACACCAUUUAUGAAGGUAAUUAUACAGAGGAACAACAGAAAGAGCAUAUCCUUAGGUUUCUCACAUUAUUAAGGAGGAAACAAGGCAACCCUAUCGUGAAGGUUAAAUGCGUUGUCUCAGAAAAGUUCAUCUCAGACUGGUAUGUGAUGUGUUCAAAAUACACUUACUCCGGAGAUAAUAGAGUUGUCUAACAAAAAAUGCGUGGAGUAAAUAGGAGCUUCAAAGUUCUGUACCUCACAGGAUCUACUCAGAUGCAUGGGACUGCAGUAAAGCCUCCGGGAAAGAAGAGCAAGAGCAAAAGGAUAGGCUGACGUGCCUCGCAAAGUAAGUUUGUUGUGCUUGAUGGUAGUCAGAGAAUAGGCAAGAUGGAAGAAAUAUCACCUCAAAUGUAACACUGAUGGGAUCUGAUCUACCGAAUAGCUUCUAACAAGCUGGGAAACAAGGGAUAAAAUUCCAACAGGAGUUGGAAAAUGUAGGUUUGAAAAACGAUACAAUUGAGCCACUCCGCCUAAGGACUGCAUUGAACCUUCCAGGAUGGUUGAACCAUUGCGUUAUUAGGUGCCAAACCAGUAGCCCUGCUGUUGCACCUCACCAGAAGGCCAAGAGAGAGUCCCUCUUGCUUAUCCCCAUUUAUCUCGUAUGAAAUCCUAUCGUCUUCUUUAAGCAUGCUGAGUAACCAUGGUUUAAAUAAUACUUGUUUGAGUUUAUCAUGUUCUCUUAAAUGAGUAAACAUCAGUUUAUCUUGAUGCAGCAAUGUUGCUUAAAAUGUUGUGAAUCUCAGACGUUGGCAAAAGGCAAUUGCAAUGCAACAGUGUAUAACUAUUGAAUUUUUAACACAUCUAGCAAAGUUUG